AUGAACGAUAAGCAUCAGCUGCUUCCGAAUAUGCAUUUUGUGCUACCUGGUCGAGAUCUCCAUCAGGAACAAGAUUUGCCGUUACGUUCAGACUGGCGUUUCCCUGAGUCAGGUGCGAUUGUUUUCGGUAACGUUGAGAUUCGUCGCACUUUAGCGUUAUUUUGGACACGAGUCUAUAAUCGUUUCUGUGCGAUCACAGACCAUGGUCUCUUACUGAUAUACGGUGACAAUGAAAGAGGAAUAGCAAUCGACUUGAAGGAUCUUCGAGGCAUUCAUUCAAAUAUUGUUGACAAGAAACUCAGCAACGGAACUUUCAUGCCUCGAUGUCUGAUAACACUCCGUCACAAAUGCGGUGAUUCGCUGGUGAUGUGCGUUCGUGGUAAAAAUGAAAUCGCAAAAUGGCGUUGUGCUAUUUGGAGUGUCAUUCAAUCCGAUGAUCACCAGCAUUCAUCAAUUGCUCCAAGUCAUGCGCUGAAUAGACGAAGUGUCUCGGUGAGCAACGCAACGGACGCAUCAAAUUUUCAUUUGACACCACCAACAGAUCCUGAUGAAGUUGACUAUUGGAAUAACCCAGCAUCGGGUAAACCGAUGACUUCGCCAAAGAUCUAUCGCGCCCUCUCACAACACGCCAGUAUGCAUCGUUCGGCAAUGAACACCAGUGCAUCACACUCGAAACUCGCCAUUUCUUCAUCGUUUUGUUACGGUAAUCGAAAGUCAUUUCGGAAGGCCUCUGUAUCGCCACAGAAAGAAUUAUUUCUCAAGAAAGCCAGCACAGCGAUGGACAUUCUCAGCUGUGGACGUAGCACGCAAACACUACCAAGUAAAGCAACCACAUCACAUGAAAACCAGCCACACUUCAGAAUUGGAUCUUUGCGAGUCGAAAAAAACUCUUCAACAUCACCAAUGCAAUGUUCACCGAGCGGUGAUGAUAACAACAGGAGUCCUAAAGGUGGAUUGUCUUCCACAGAAGAGACAAUAGCUCAGCAAACGCAUGUGAAAAUGGAAUCUCAAUCAUCACCCCAAGCCCGGCCGUCAACUGCGUCCUCAGAUUCCGGUGUGGCUUCUCGUGCUGAAUCACCGUCGAAAAUGAUCCUCUCAUCUGAGGGGGUGAGCAGUAUUCAUAUAUUCUAUUUUUCGUUCAAGUAUUCAUUUGUUGCCGGAAUUAUUUUCUUCAAUGUCUCUCGAAAACCUAUUUGUUCAUUUGAGAGAACCAUGGGAAUUUGA